CGUUCUCAAUCACGAUUCACUCCGCAGCAGAUUCUCUCUUGGAAGUGGCGUUACAAAUCGUUUAGCGAGAGGCUCCAGUUUGAUAGCAAGUUUAGCUAUAAAACUACCCUUACAAUAGCUGUAAAGGGAAUUUCAGUCAACGUUUUCUCAAUGAAUGGACUGUGAAGUACCAUCACAUUUGAAGGAAGUUUAGAUUUACUUACAAAACACGAUAACAGCUGGUUGAACAUUGCCCACGAGUCGUGUCCAGCGGGAGUUUUUGAACACACGGACAGCGAGGUUGAGGCGAUUUGGUUUAUGGAACGUGCCAGUUCAGGAAAAAAAUGUAGCUAGCUAACUUAACGUUAGCUAUUAGGCUAUACACAUUUCGCGUGUCCUUUUGUUUUAGCUCGGAAGGAUCAAGCUGUGUUUAUGCAGCUGGCGUGGAAGACACCGGCAGGAGGAGAAAACAGUGGUGAAAAGCGACAGUGAUAACCCGACAAACAUCUCACCACCAGACACCGGAUAUUAGUAAUCCUCUGUCUGAAGGCGGUCUGUCUCUGGUUUGGACUCCAUCCCACUCCCUUCUAAAGGGUCAACUGUGGGACAGCAACACCUUCAGGCUGCUCCUGCAGUGAGUCCGUAUCAUGGAGGCAGGCAGCGUGGCUGCUGCAGCAGUGGGGAGUGCAGCUCUAGGACUGCUCGGCGCCGCGGAAGCAGCCAGCCAUGACAUCUCCGACAGGGGCCUGAGGCCAGGGCGUCACCCAGAGGAGGACGACAUAGUGCCUGAGCUGGCCCGCCUGGUCUACCCCCGAGAGAGACCUGACUGGGAGGAGACCAUCAGCGCCAUGGCGCGGAGUGCUGAGGUCCCCGAGCUGAGCACCGAGCCCCUCCUGCGCUCCUGCAGCAGCACGGCCAGCAUGAAGGUCAAGAACGUCAAGAAAUUGUCCUUUACCAAAGGCCACUUCCCCAAGCUGGCCGAGUGCGCCCACUUCCACUACGAGAAUGUGGACUUUGGCGCCAUCCAGCUUUCACUCGCGGAUGAACAGAGCGAAGUGACACGGAAUGGCUUUGAGUCCAAAGAGCUGCAGUACUUGGUCCAGAUCUACUGCCAGGGCCGGAACUGGAUUGUGAAGCGCAGCUAUGAAGAUUUUCGUGUCCUGGAUAAGCACCUGCACCUCUGCAUAUAUGACCGCCGCUUCUCGCAGCUGCCGGAGCUGCCUCGAUUCGACAGUCUGAGUGAUCGCGCCGAGGCAGUUUCCCAGAUGCUGAUGGCUUACCUCUCCCGCCUCACAGCUAUCGCUGACAACAAGAUCAACUGUGGGCCUGCCCUCACAUGGAUGGAGGUUGAUAACAAAGGCAACCACUUACUGGUCCACGAGGAGUCCUCCAUCAACGUGCCCGCCAUCGCCGCCGCCCAUGUCAUCAAACGCUACAUCGCCCAGGCCGCCGACGAGCUCUCCUUCGAGGUUGGGGACAUCGUGUCUGUUAUUGACAUGCCCCCCAAAGAGGACACAACGUGGUGGAGGGGCAAGCACGGCUUUCAGGUUGGCUUCUUUCCCAGUGAGUGUGUGGAGCUGAUAAACGACAAGGUGCCGCAGUCCGUCACCAACUCGGUGCCAAAACCAGCAUCCCCCUGCUCGGGUCUGCGGCCUGCCUCCUGGAGUCUCUUCCCACCCUAUUUGGAGAUGGAGAGUGUAAAGCAGGACAGUGCAUGGGUGGCCGACCCAUUAAACCACUACAGCCUGAGCUCAGUGUCUAAGAAGCACGGGAAGCUGAUCACGUUCCUGCGCACCUUCAUGAAGUCCCGGCCCACCAAGCAGAAGCUGAAGCAGAGGGGAAUCCUCCGGGAGAGGGUGUUUGGCUGUGACCUGGGAGAGCACCUCCUCAACUCGGGCCACGAUGUUCCCCAGGUACUCAAGAGCUGCACGGAGUUCAUCGAGAAACAUGGCGUGGUGGACGGCAUGUACCGCCUCUCUGGAAUCGCCUCCAACAUCCAGAAACUACGGCAUGAGUUUGACUCGGAGCAGAUCCCCGACCUGACCAAAGACGUGUACAUCCAGGACAUCCACUGCGUGGGCUCAUUGUGCAAGCUCUACUUCCGCGAGUUGCCCAACCCCCUGCUCACCUAUCAGCUCUACGAGAAAUUCUCCGAGGCCGUGUCAGCAGCCACAGACGAGGAGCGGCUUAUCAAAAUACAUGAUGUCAUUCAGCAGCUGCCGCCUCCGCAUUACAGGACUCUGGAGUUCCUCAUGAGGCACCUGUCCCAACUGGCCACCUUCAGCUACAUCACCAACAUGCACAGCAAGAACCUGGCCAUCGUCUGGGCCCCCAACCUAUUGAGGUCCAAGCAGAUAGAGUCGGCCUGCUUCAGCGGCACGGCAGCCUUCAUGGAGGUCCGCAUCCAGUCGGUGGUGGUGGAGUUCAUACUGAACCACGUAGACGUCCUCUUCAGCCCCAAGCUCAGCUCGCUCAUACGGGAGGGAGCAGGGCACAACUCGUUGUUGCGGCCCAAGUCCCUGCUGGUGUCGUCCCCCUCCACCAAGCUGCUGACCCUGGAGGAGGCCCAGGCCCGGACCCAGGCACAGAUCAACUCCCCCGUCACGGCCGAUAGCAAGUACAUUGAGGUGGGGGAGGGUCCGGCUGCGCUGCAGGGCAAGUUCCACACCGUCAUCGAGUUCCCUAUGGAGAGGAAAAGGCCCCCCAUCAAGUCCAAGAAGUCGCCGGUGGGAAACUGGCGCUCCUUCUUCAACCUGGGCAAGUCAUCGUCUAUGUCCAAGCGCAAGCUGCACCGCAACCCCAGCGAACCCAGUGAGCUCAAGGCCAUGGCCCUGGCAGGAGGCAGAGGGGACACGGGGACACUGCGAUCGGCCAAAAGCGAGGAGUCACUCACCUCGCUACACAAAGUUGAAGGAGAGUUGAAGGUGUACCGUCCUCGGCGGCCCCGCUCCAGCAGCGAUGCCCUCUCGGCUUCCUUCAACGGUGACCUGCUGGACAGCCACACCCGGCAGCACUGCAGCUCCGAUGACAAUCUGGCCCAGAGCCACAGCGGGGGCGCCACCCGCGGCGGGGGGGACAGCGAUGGGGACGACGGGCCCAUCUAUGUUCCAGCCCUGAUUUCGCCACCACGUUCAGCCGGCGAGGAUGUGGACCUUAGCCCCCCAGACAUCGGCAUGGCCUCGUUGGACUUUGACCCCAUGUCGUUCCAGUGCAGCCUGCCCGACGGCUCCUUCUCCUUCCCCCUGGGGCUGAGCGAUGUCGCUACGGGCGCGACUGGUGAGGGCACCAGCCCGAAGAGGAGCCCAGGCAGCAUUGACAACGGCUCGGCGCUCGUCUCUCCUUCCUUCCUGGGGAAGUUCGCCAACCCCUUCUUGUCGCCUGACCUCAGCCCGGCCACGGGAGAGAAAGCAGGGAGCAAGAAGCUGGUCUGCUCAGUGUCUUUCUCUGACAAACCCGUACAGGCUGUGUCCCCUAAAAGGUCAAAGUCGGACAUUUUGGCUCCUCUGGCCAUUUCGGAGCCGUUUGACAUGGAGAUUUCUAGUAGGCUUACAGAAAGCCAUGGUGUUCCCCAGCCUUCUUCCCCUCCCUCGGGACUGCCCUGGGACUCUCCUCUGUUAAUGGGCUCUGUGUUGCUGAGGACAGGGGAGCCGUCGCUGAGCGAGGCCUUUCAGAUGGAGCUGCACUGUAAGCUCUCUGCCUUCGACAUUGAGAGCCAAGACUCUACAGGGGAGGAGAGUACUGCCCAGCAACCUCCAGCAACCAAUAGCGAGGAACAAUUAGGUUUAGUUUCCCCGCCUCAUGCCUUUAACACCUUACCAAGCCUGCCUUUUUUCUUUUUAUUCCCCUCAAACGCACUUUCUCUUCUCUCUGUCCUCACACUGCAGUUCCCUUCUGUUUUUGUCCCCCUCCCAGGAGCCGUAGCUAGUCUGGACUCUCCAAAAGCCUCCCCCAGCCCUCUCAGCUCCUCCUCUGUGUCCCUCCUCCCUCCCCCGCCCCAUCCGAAGAACGCGCGCAUGUUGGCCCUGGCCCUGGCAGAGUCCGCCCAGCAGGCCUCUAUCCUGACCCAGAAGAGGCCCUCCCAGUCCCAGCCCCCCACGCCAGUGUCCCCUAUUAGACCCCUGGAGCCCUCACACUCCCUGGACUGGCCCCCUCCCCCAGCUCUGCGCCCCCAGACGUCCCUCGAGGAGGGACCCAGGGCAGGAGAAGCCCAGACCCCAACCUUAACCCCCACCACCCCAAACCUUGCCCCUUCCUCCCCUCCCCCUUCCACCACCCCUACUGACAAACAACCUUGCCAGUCAGUGAGCCAUGAGUCCAUCAGUAUGUCCACCAGUGCAAAGUUCCCCUCCACUUCUCCCGGAGCCAACCAGGAUAUGGAUUUCACCCUACCGGCUUCCCCCCACCACCAGUGUACCACCACUCCCUACUGCCCUCCAGCCCAUGUGUCCCCCACUCUGAGGAGUCCAGAGAGGCAGCAGCCCGCCAUGGGCCAGGUAGCGGUCAGCAGCACUGGAUUCUCCACCACCACCCCAGCCACCACUCCCAGGAGCAAGGAGACUGGUGUCCUGCCACAGCCUGUUCCUGAGGUCCAUGUAGAUGAGGCCGUCUGGUCGCCAUCUCCGAAACCGUCAGAGCAGCGAGGUGCAGUUUCACAGCCUCAAAUACAGUUCCAUACUCAUCCACAGGCCCAGCCACAGUCCCAGCCUCAUUCCCAGCCCCACUCCCAUCCCCACUCCCAUCCCCAGCCUAACGCCAGAGUGGUCCCCACCCCAUCUGAGCCAGUGGAGAGACCAUGGGAGGCCAUAAAGCCAGUUCAGCCCCGUGCGGAGCCUGUGACCCACUCCCAUGGGCCCACGCCGCCAGCGCCUCCCGUCCGCUCCAUUGAGAGCAAAUUGGCAACCGCCGCCCUCAGCCACACAGAGGCCGCCAACCCUGCCAUCUUCCACAACAUCCUGACAGAGGCCUCCACGCCUGAGGCCCUCGCCCAUCCUCACCCUCCCCCGCGUAAGUCUUCCACCCAGCAGUCAGCCUACCUGUACCACACCAAGGGAGAGGCCGCCUUACUGGAACCUCCCGGGGAGGCCUACUACCACCAACGGGCCAUUCCCGUGGGGCAGCCUUCGUACCACUACCGGCCAGACAGUGUUCCCCCACACCUCUCCUAUGUGUCAAAGUCGGAGCCCCAGAUAACUUACAGUGCCCGCACGGACCACCGCUACAACACCAUAGCUCACCCCAGGUCCUGCCACCAGUCAAUGAAGCAUCACGGGCCUCCCAGGGGUGGCGAGUACAUAUCACCCAGCCCGGGACACCACGGCCAGGGCUAUGGACCCAUGGAGGGAUCUCCGGUCUACCCCACUAUCCGUAGGGUGCACUCGCUCCACGUGCCCUCAGCAAUCCGCUCAGUGCCCAUCCAGCGGACCGAGGUGCCUCCCGACGACGAGCUCUUCUACUACCAGCGGCCCGUCUACCAGUGCAAUACCUACCAGCAGCCGCCGCAACAGUCCUCGCAGGCUGACUACCACGUCACCCAACUCCAGCCCUACUUUGAGAAUGGCCGGGUGCAGUACCGUUACAGCCCCUAUUCGCCUGGCGCCAACCCGCUGGAUGCCCCUUACUACGACGUGGACCCCUACGGGACCAUCCGGCUGAGGCACUUCCACUCGUUCAGCAGUCGGGACCUGGGCCCCACCCUCAGCCGGUCGGGGGGCAAGGCGGGCGGCUACCACUACCUGUCCCGACACAUCCUCCCGCCGGGGAAGGAGCACAGCUUUGUCAGCAGAGACAUGCCCCCGGGCCAUGGCUCAAAGGGAGCCGCCGUCUACUUCGCAUGGAACCCAGAGGACUCGGAAAGGCUCCGGAUGCACUCCAUCCACAGAGAGAGCCGGGCCAGGCAGAAGGUCAAGGGACCUGUCAUGUCUCAGUAUGACAACGUGGGCCUGUUCAUGCCUGGCGACCUGGGAGCGUACGAAACCCUACACCUGCGCAGUAAGUCGGACCCCGGCAAAGACAUGCUGAUGACUGUCGAGGGUAAAGACGGGCGCUACGUAGUACCGCCGGGCUCCCAGCACGCUCCCCGACACCUUGUGUCUGACCCCGACGUCCUCAUGUACAUGGAGACGGAGAAGCACUGUCAGGGAAAUGGCACCGGGGACAAACAUAGCAACUCCAGGACCUGCCAGGUCUCCCACUCGCACCAAACCCAACACCCACCCCGUUACCAGGCCCAUCAGCAGGACCCCGGGGACGGAGCUCGGAGCUUCCAACCUCGCUACGAACAGCCCGAUCCAGACCGCCACCAGAACAGGUCCAAAACCCCCGCUAGUUACCAGGACAAUGAUGACCACCAACACCAGUCGGCCCCCGUCAAAGCGCAGGCCCCUCCCAAGCCCGAGCGGUCGCACAGCAUCCGAGAGCGCCAGCAGCAGCACUAUAGCCAAGCUGCCACUUCCGAACCAGACAGAGACCACUCAUACCAGCCCCACGGUGGGCAGCAGAGACACAGCACCAUGGCGAUACAGUCCCACUACGACAACCUGGAUGAUUACCACCCAGCAGCAAUACCUCAGCCACAGGCUCCCAUGCCAAACCCCCACGGGGUCUCCUCUGCUUCAUUCCCCACCAACCCUGGCUUCACGGGCAGCCACAGCAACCGAGCGUACUCCACUGCCUUGGGCCAGGGUGCCUUCAUCCCAGCGGAACUGGCCCUGCAGAGGCCCGAGACAGAAAUACACGCUGAAUGAAGAAGAGACUUGUAAAAAAAAAAAAUGUGCUGGUUUUAGUAUGCAAUGAAGUGACUCAGCUGGAGAUUCAAAUGUUCCACAGCCUCUGCAGGACAGUGGACUGUCGUCAGAAACUUUCUCAUUAUUUUUCUCUAGAUUUUUUAUGAAUUGUAAAGGAAAAUAAGAUACUUUUUAGAGAAUGUACCAUACUUUCUUCAAUUGUUCUAAGAAGCCACUCGGUCGUAACUCAUUGAAAUGGUGGAUGAUCAUAGAAAUGUAUAUGAUUUAAGCGAAAGGUCCAAGAAACCAGAAAAUAUGUGUACAAAGAAGUAGUACUGGUAAAAAGGGAUUUGUUUUAUUUUUGUUUCCAGUUUUGUUUUGACUGGGGAGAUAUGGGCAUAACAGGGAUGAAGGUUUGCAUUUUAGAAAUGCAUGUUAUCUCCAAUCUCUUGUUUCCCAUUGAUAUCCAUUGUGUACUUUUUGGAUGUUUCGGUACAAGUUCUCGAGGGAGGAAAUCUUUGUAAGUCAUCGUGCCCUUCCUCUUGUUUCUGUAUACAUAAGGCGUUACAGUAUGUUCACUUUCAGUCUUCAAGAAUCUCGGAUUUGGGGUUUGGGGCCCAGCAGUACAAAGUGAGUUCUAGAACUAGACAGGGUACUUUCACCUGGUACUGUACAUUAAAUUAUGUUAAUAUUUUAUUUGCUCUGUGAUUGUGUGUUUUUGCGAUAAAACGGCGUGAAUUGAAUUAUAAUGGAAUGUUUUGGAACCGAGAUUUGUUCUUCAUUGCAAGAGGGACCAAACAUUGAGUAUUUUUGGCCAUGAAAGCAUUCCUGCACAUGUAUGGGUUGAUGACCGGGUGUGAGAAUGACAACACUACCUUGGGAGGUGUAACAGAGUCAUUCUUAAAAUGUGUUUAGUUAUAGUCUUGUUUUUUUCUGCGGACUUGAAUGGACAACUUAAUAAAAUUAUAAAAACUGAUAUUGUACAAUACUUCACACAAAUGUAAAUGCUUGGUCAGCCCUUGAGCAGAUUGAAUUCACUCCAGCAAAUACAUACUAAUUUUCAUAGUAUGUGAAAAAGAUGGUUAUUAUGUUCCAAGAGAAGUAAACUAUAAUUUAAUUUGAAUGGACAAAUGUUUGGGACGAUUUAAGAAAAUGUGGAUGAACUUUUAUGGAAUCAACUGUCUGCUUUCAGUGCAAUUAGUCAGUAGCCAGUCAAAUUGGCAGAGGAUUCAGAUUAAUCUCAUUCAAUUUCAAAUGCAGGUCAUUUUGCAUUUGAAAACCUUGGACUAUAUUUCAGUUGUAAUGCCCAUUGGCUUGUGAAGGUACUGUUCUAUUUUGCCUUAUGGUCCCUACCUGUUUAAACGGAAUACUCCCAGAUGUCCCUCCUUUGUUGUGGGGCACAGUAAGUGGCUAAAUAACCACCUAGUUGUGUUUGAAUGUAAAAACAUCUCUUGUCUCAGUAACUGGAGAGUUAUGCUGUUGGAUAUAACAAAUAAAAUUAUUCAGGAAAUAACAA